AUGACCUCAAAGGCACUGUUUUUUCACGAUGCGUCACUGACUCAAAAUGAUAAUGAUAUUGUUUACCUCGACCAAAAUUAUGUUGAGUACAUGGGUUCUCCAAUCUAUAUUGGUGGUAGAACAAGGAACCUUUUGCAACAUGCAAUCUGGAAUGACACAUCUUUCCUCACUUUGGUGAAUGUCAUGGAUUAUUCUCUCCUUGUGGGAGUGGACAAAGGGAAGCAUGAACUUGUGUUUGGCAUCAUUGAUUAA